UAAAUCUAGUGAAAUUUAAAGUAGAUCUAUAUUGACUUUUUUUUUUAGCUGCAAAUAAAUGAGAUCAAACGUAAAAGCGCUGAUAGAUAUCUUCGUAUAUUUUGAUUUUAGUUUGCGGUCUGCGUGGAGGCGGAUCCAUCCCCAGCAAAACUUGCGGUGCGUGCAGCAGGAGGAGGGCUUCAGUUGUUCCCCUCCUGAGGAACAGAACAGGCUGAAGUGCUGCAUCACGGCCAUCAUUCCGAACCUCUUGGAUUUUCUUCGUCCUUCUUGACUUGGAGAGCUAAAGAGGACCUGGACAGACCCGGAUCUGACCGUUUAUGGAAACUGCAACAAGUGCGUCGCGUGCAGUGAGGCGCGAGGUGGUCAGCAAAGCCCUCUUUGCUGCGGAUGAGAACAUGCUGAUCAAUGUUAAAAAAGAAGAUCGAAGACUAAACACUGAUACCAGCCCUCUGCGCUGUUUGAUUGGGUGUGACUCUGCUCCUCAGGCCGUGUGUGAGGGCUGCUCGCGCAUCAUCUCUGACCGCUUCCUGAUGCGAGUCAACGGCGCGUAUUGGCACCAGAACUGCCUGCAGUGUGCAGCGUGCCAGCAGCCGCUCAUUGCCACCUGCUACUUCCGGGACAGCAAACUGUUCUGCAGGAGAGACUACCAGAGAUUAUUUUCCACCAAGUGCAGUGGCUGUCUGGAGAAAAUCGCUCCAACAGAGUUUGUAAUGCGAGCUGUGCAGAGUGUUUACCACCUCAGCUGCUUCUGCUGCAGUGUCUGUGAGCGCCGGCUGAGCAAAGGAGACGAGUUUGUGCUGAAGGCUGGUCAACAGCUGCUGUGUAAGGCUGACUAUGUGAAAGAAAGAGACCUGCUGAGGACCAUGAGCCCGGACAGUUCAGAUUCAGAAAAGAGUGAGGAUGAGACUUCAGAUGUAAAGUCAGAAAAAUUUAUUACAGCAGAGAAAAGGAGUGAUGACAGCAAAGAUCCUCUGCGUCCUAAACGGCCGCGCACCAUUCUCACCACGCAGCAGAGACGUGCCUUUAAGGCUUCGUUUGAGGUUUCCUCCAAGCCCUGCAGAAAGGUCAGAGAAACCCUGGCAGCAGAGACCGGGCUAAGUGUUCGUGUGGUCCAGGUGUGGUUCCAAAACCAAAGGGCAAAGAUGAAGAAGUUAGCACGCAGACAGCAGCAACAGCAGGAGCAACACAGCAGUCAAAGACUGGGCCCAGAAGUAAUAUCUGGCUGUAUGGAUGGUCUGCUCAGCACCUUCACAGGGUCUCUGCCUCCAACCCGGCCCCAGUUGGUGACCAUAGAGCAUUGUGGGUACAACAUAGACUGCCUCCAGCAGGGCCUCACUCCACCUCAAAUGCCUGGUGACCACAUGAAUCCCUACGGUAUGGAUUCCAUUUUCCAUGACAAUGACAGUGACACCUCUAUGACAAGUUUAAGUGAGUCCUUUGUUGCCUUUCCAGGUGGAGGCUUCCUACAGGCACAAACAGGAAGCCCAAUAGACAGCCUUUACUCCAUGCACAGCUCCUACUUUGCUUCCUGAGACCUGGCCAUCAUUGUCUCAUGCUGCUGAAUAAAUAUUUUCCAAACUGUUCACAAAUAGGGGGUUAGGGUAGCCCUAACCCUACCCUAAGUUAAAGAUCAAAUUGACUGAUUGUGUUUGAUUUGGGGAAUUUAAUGCAGCAAUAAAUAAAUAAAUAAAUAAAUACUUUCAAACAUGUUCAAACUUUUGUCAGUCAGCAUGUGUAAAGAGAUCCCAGAUCUAUCAGAAAUUGUUUUAUUCUAAGGACAUUUCAUAUAAGAAGGUAACUAUUAGUAAAUAUAAUUCUACUGACAUGAUUUUUGCAAACCAUCAAGUCUACCUGGAUCUGUUCUUGUAUGUAUGUGUGAAAUGUAAUUUACACCCUAAAGCAGUGGUCCCCAACCUUUUUAGUACCGUGGACUGGUCAAGACUUCACAAAUUUGCUGAGGACCAGGGUGGGGGAAGGGCGUUGCGCGCACCGACACCGAUGCUGUUGCUGCUGUUUCUACAUCAUUCUGCUGCUUGUGGACUCAAUGUUGGCGCUCAAGACAUAACAGACAGAAUCCAGUAAAGGGAUUUUCAAAAUAAAAGAUUCUCCUGACUCAAUACAUAAAACAGAAGUAUUUAAUUAUUUCUUGCUCGGCCCGGUACCAAUUGAUCCACGGACAGGUACCGCUCCGCAGCCUGGGGGUUGGGGACCACUGCCCUGAAGAACACCCAGAAUUGCCCUUUAAAAUGGACAACUAUUUAUCUCUCACCAGCGUCCAUGUUACAUUUAAAAGGGCAUCAAAUGUAAAUAUCUAUCUUUUAAAUGAUGAAGGUUUGUUGUACACCAGAAGUCCGAAACUCCUUUUAUUCCUAUAAGUAUUUGGACAGUUGUAUUGUCUGAGAAAACUGCUGUUGCAUUGCUAUUUAUUUUCUAAUUUUAAGACAAUAAUGUGUUUUAAGAGACUCAACAAAUGUUGAUACCUUAAAUAAACAAUGCAUUCUUCUACAAUCUUGUGAUUUCAUUAAAAUGUCAAAAUUAUCACUGGAAAUUUUAAAAAUAAAUACACUUUAAAAUAUUGAUUGUAGGUUUCAGGAAAAACAGGGUCAGAUCAAACCCUAUUUCCAUCAUGGGAGAAGUGGAGGUGGCUGAGGAAUAUAAAUACUUCUGUGUUCAUCUGGACAAUAGUAGGCCUUCUAAUGAGCCAUCGUUAAACCAGGGAGAGAACUAAAACAUGCAGGAUUCCGGCUCUUGUGGACCAACUUUGGGCACCCCUGGUCUAUGUCUACUACCUCUAAUGGUGUGGGGUUGGUAACACAACUAACAUAGAUACAUCACUAAAUCAGGAUACCACAAAGUCUUUUUUAUUACUGGGACCAUAAAAGAUAUUUCUCUAAUAAAACACAAUACUUUAUUUUUAAUUUUCUUAAGGACGUAGAGAUAAUUAAAAGACCACAAUAUAAUAUAAGAAGGUGACCAAUUUAAAGUGACCAAUUUUAAAUACCUUGGGUCAUUCCUGGACAGUCAGCUCACCUUUGUUGAAAACAUUAACUAUUUUUUAAGAAAUGCUCACAGAGAUUUUAUCUUUCAAGAAACCUUAAUGGUCUUGAGGAUAUCAGACUAGAGGUUGUCUACAAGGCAACUUUUGAGAGUGAUUUAACUUUUCAUCUCCUCGGCUGGUCACAUGAGCUGCAGAAUGAAAGACAAACUUUUAAUUGCUUCUAUAGCAGGUAAAUAGUGGUGGAACUACAAAAACUUAUGUCUCAACUGUUUGCUGAAAGAACAUGGAAGAUGGCAAAGAAUAUUUUAGAAGAAAGCAUCCAUCGUUUUUUUUUCAUCAGUUUGAACUUCUGAACCUUCUGAGCUCAGACAUCUAUAAGAAGUCAUUUAUUCCCAGUGCAAUAACCAUAGUUGACCAAAGUGAUUGACAACAUCUACCUAUGGCAUGCAAAGUGUUUUAUUCUAUACACACAUUGUUGAUAUUGUGAUUCUGUGAAUGCAUUUUAUUUUAGAGUCGGAAGGAAAGUUUCCACCUUGAUGGACAAAAUAGAUUUAUCUUUUCCUAUACAUAGAAUCAAUAUAAGAUUCUGCCAAAAAAGGCUAUAUAUGUGAAUUUUUUGCUUGUAUGUGUUGCUCAACCCUGGUUUGUUCAUGAAUUCUUCUGUGAACCUUAUUCAUUUGUUUGUUAUUGAACUUUGCUCAAUUACGUUUCUUAGGAAAAGUAAAAAAUAAAAGGAAAAUUCUCAUA